AUAUAAACAAAGAAUCUGUCAAAAAGUGCAGAAAAAGUUGCUGCACACGUACAUUUACUUACUACAAAAAACACGGACUAUUCCGGAUUCUAUCCGUUUUUUGUUCUGCCCACUAUAGUUUGGUGGUUCUUCAUCAUCCAUGUUUGCCUUUCAGUCAAGUGGCACAUUAGGUCUAGUGUUAGUUUAAGUUAUAGUUUGAAUUUGCCCCGGAAAUGAUUACCAAUCUGGUGAUGACCCGGUUACGGCACCUGCUGGUUACUGUGGCCGCUCUGCUCAAGCGCAUCCUGUGCUGCUGUUCUCGCCGCAGGAGAGGCUCCGCUUGCGAAAACGCCGCAACGGGUGAUGCAGCACUCAGUUCCGUUGAUGUUAUACGCGAUUCGGGGCAUAGGUAUAAGAAUGUUGUGGAAAAAGACUGGAACUCGUGGGACGAUUCGCCGUCGACGGUGGAGGAGCACAUCGAACGGUACCGGGAGCAGCUUGCUGCUCCGCCUCCCCCAAGGGAACCCCCGCCGGAGGAGCAGAUGGACUUUUUCGAAGACAUGGCACCAAAGACAUUCAGCCAGCCGAAGAUAUGCAUUGCCGAGGAUCGGCCGCUGGACGGCAGCGGGUCCCAGUUCGCCCGGCUAACGGCCCAGAUUGACAUUCCGGUGGAGGAUGGGCUGACCGAUUGGAACGACGAUGGACCGCGCGCCGGAUGGGACGAUGCGGACGAAAAUACCACCAAACAGCUGAUCCGGGAAACGCGGAAGGAGCUGCGCCAGCAGAGACAGCAGCAACAGCACCAGCAGCAGCACCAUCGUGGGGGGCUUAAGUGAGGCGUGCGGCAGUAGAUUUUGCUUCUAAGUGAUUGGAAAGGCACUUGAAAACUGUGAAACAAAACAGAUGAAGUGGAUUUUGCCCCCCACCAAUCGGAGUUUAUUACGCGUAGGCCACUAAUGAAAACAGAACUGCAUGCAAAACUGCAUUCGCGCACAUAA